AUGUUCUUCUUACGACUUCCAUUCAAACUAACAUCAUUCCGAGAAAAAUUAGCAAGAAUCGACUAUCUCGGCUCAACCUUGAUCAUUAUGAUCGUCGUCGCAAUUCUAUUACCAACUUCUUGGGGCGGCACAACUUAUGCAUGGAAUUCGGCUCCAGUGAUUUCAUUAUAUUGUACCGCGGUUGUUCUUAUCGCAAUCUUUAUUUUUAUAGAACUUCGAAUUGCAGCUGAACCAAUUGUCCCCGGACACAUUUUCAAAAGUAUCACAGUCUGUGCCGUAUACAUUACAAAUUUCUUCACCGGUGCCGCAUUUUUCUCUAUAAUUUUUUACGGUCCACUAUAUUAUCAGGCGAUUCAUGGCCAAUCCGCCACAAAUUCCGGAUUAAAACUACUGCCAUUGAUGCUGGGUCUUGUGGUUUUUUCGAUGUUGUCUGGUGCGGCGGUCACUAAAGUUCCCGGUGGUUACAGAACUUUUAUUUGGCUUGGUACGAUGUUGGUUGUUGUUGGCGAGGGAUUGUUGAGUACUUUUAAUCAACACACGUCGGGUGUUGCACAAAUUUUUUAUUUAUUGAUUAUUGGAAUUGGAUUGGGAUGCGAGUUGCAAAUGUGUUUAUUGGCUGUUCAGAGUGCUUCCGCAAAAGAAGAUAUGGCAAUAGUCACAGGAUUAGCUGGAUUCUUUCAAUCAAUCGGUGGUGGUAUUGGUGUCGCAGUAGCAUCCGCAAUUUUCUCCAAUGGAAUAAAAUCGCACCUUCUUAAAGAAGUUUCACCCGAAUUACUGAACAGAAUUUCCGAUGUAAUGAUAUUACCAGAACCGGUUUACUCACAAAUAAUCCAAGUCUACGUUCUUUCCCUUCAAUCCGUUUUCCGAGCUAAUAUCCCGUUUGCUGGCAUCGCGUUUGUCUCAUCAUUGUUUAUUAGGAAACAUGAGUUGGUUGAUUUGAAGGAGUCACAACAGCACAUGGCUGCUUGA